AUGGCCAAAUCUGCGGCACAAAAGAGACGCCGAGAGGCCGAGGCCGCUCAGGAGAACCAGGUGGUAGAAAAUGCCACUCAAGGCACGCCGCCGACCAAGAAGGCUCGGGUCGAGGAAGCGAGGUCCCUCUUCGUGAGGUCGCUGCCACCCAAUGCCACAGCCGAGACGCUCACCGAGUUCUUCUCUCAACACUAUCCGGUCAAGCACGCUACAGUGGUUCUGGACAAAGAGACCAAGCAAUCCCGUGGCUAUGGUUUCGUGACCUUUGCCGACGCAGACGAUGCAGUGGAGGCCAAGAACAAGCUCAACAAUGAACUACUCGAGGGUCGCAGGCUGAGACUGGAGGUUGCCGAACCCCGUCAUCGCGCCGGGGCCAAGGAUGGAGCCAACGCGGCUACCUCUAAGCUCGCGGAAGAGAAGAAGAAGCGGGAGGACGAACAGGCAGAAGCUCGCAAGGCUCCGAAGCUGAUAGUCAGGAAUCUUCCUUGGAGUGUCAAGACCCCCGAGGAUCUGACUAACCUCUUCCGGAUGCACGGCAAAGUCAAAUACGCAGAUCUUCCUAGCGUAAAGGGCAAGCUCAAGGGUUUUGGGUUCAUCACUAUGCGCGGAAGGAAGAAUGCAGAGAAGGCCAUGGAGGCGGUCAAUGGCAAAGUUGUCGACGGGAGGCCUAUUGCUGUCGACUGGGCUGUCGAUAAGCAGACUUGGGAGCAACAGCAAAAGGACCAACCAGACGAGCCUGCAGAGACUGAAGAGGGUGCAGAGAAGCCCAGUAAGGACGAUGAUGACGAGGACAAAGAGGAGGAAGACGACGAAGAGGAUGAAGAAGACGCUGAUCUUCGCAACUUUAUGAAGAAUCAUAUGGAGAACCUCGAAGACGAAGAGAGUGACGAAGAGGACGAGACUGGUGGCAAGGUUGACGAUGACGACGAGGAGGCGUCCAAAGAGACCAAGUCACUUUCGACAGACAACUCAACGACCCUGUUCAUUCGAAAUCUCCCUUUCACCACCACGGACGAGGAUCUGAAGAGCCAUUUCGGCCAAUUUGGCGCCGUAAGGUAUGCAAGAGUAGUCAAGGAUCGCGAGACCGACCGACCAGCUGGCACAGGGUUCGUGUGCUUUUUCAAUCUUGACGACUCGCAAGCGUGUCUCAAGUCUGCACCUCGUCACAACCCUACUUCGUUGGCCGGAAAGCCAUCCAUCCUACAGAACGAAGACGUCGAUCACGAUGGCCGGUAUACCAUGGAGGGCAGAGUAUUGCAGGUCGCACAAGCUGUCAACAAGAACGAGGCUGAGAGACUAGCAACAACCAGCCUUGCUCUUCGCAAUGAAAAGGAUAAAAGACGACUGUAUCUUUUGUCCGAAGGCACAGUGGCUAGGAACUCGCCUCUCUACAACAUCCUGCCGGAGUCGGAAAUCAAGCUCCGCGAGACAUCCAACAUGCAGCGAAAGAAGCUGGUUCAGAACAAUCCCAGCCUCCACUUGAGUUUGACUCGCCUGGCAGUGCGCAAUAUCCCCCGCAACGUCGACUCCAAGGCCCUCAAGGCGUUGGCACGAGAGGCUGUGGUCGGAUUUGCCAAAGAUGUUAAGGAGGGUAAGCGCCAGCCGCUGUCCAAGGAGGAGAACGCCCGUGGAGGUCAGCAGGACAAGGAGGCCGAGCACCGCCGUAAGGAAAAGGGCAAGGGUGUCGUCAAGCAGGCAAAGGUUGUCUUUGAGACCAAGGACGGCUCCAAGGUCUCCGAAGAGAUUGGUGGCAAGAGCCGUGGGUAUGGCUUCAUCGAGUACUCCUCUCAUCGAUGGGCGCUCAUGGGCCUGCGAUGGCUCAACGGGCAUGCCCUCAAGAAUGAUGCGGGCAAGACCUCGCGCCUCAUCGUUGAGUUUGCUAUUGAGAACGUGAAUGUUGUCCAAAGGCGCCGGGCAAUUGAAGACAAGUCGAGGAAUCGUGAGGCCACUGGCGAAAGCAAGGGCCGGGACACUGGUGCUGGCGGUCCCCGUCGGGGCGGAAGAGACAAGGAUGACAGAAAGGGCAAGACUGGGGCCGGCAGGGGAUCCAGAGCUCGCGGAGAGAAGGAGAAGACCUCGGAAGAGAAAGUCGGCAGCAAGAAGGAGAACAAGGCUGCGGCCAAACUUGCCCAGAGACAGCAGAUCAUCGGGAGGAAGCGCAUGAUGCGCAAGAAGAAGGCGCAGUCGCGUGGAUCUUGA